UUGACUGGGCCGCCUCGCUGCAGAUCGUGCAAGAAGCUGCAAGUCGGCGAAAGAAAAGGAAGAGAAAGAGUUGAAGGCAAACAAUAAUGGGAACAAUAAUUCAGGGCAACACUGCUACUAACUGGCCGGUCGUACAACAAACGUGAAAGAAAACGGGAGAUCGAUCAAGACACCGAGGAAGACUGAAAGCGGGACGAGGAAUCGUCAACGUCUCAUGACGAAUCGGAACGUUCACGAGUCCGCGAGUUUCCCUCCGCGAGAGUUCCGUCCGCGAGAGUUCCCUCGGCGAGUUCUCUGGGCGAGUUCGCUCGGUAGGAACCUCCUCGAAUCGUCCCCGUCGCCGUCGACCAGAGGUGUGCAAGAACGCCACAACUUGUGGCGUUACUCCGACAGCAGGGAUUCUUCCGCGUUUCUUCGACGGAGACGCGGACUUGAUAACGAGGACGCCACGGAGUUAGCGUCGGCGGAGAGCUAUCAGUGCAGCCGCUGAUCGCGUUCCUCUAGUUUCGCCAAAACUCUCUGCAGACUAGAGGCCGAAGAAUGGGCGUAGCGAGGAAUGUGCGAGAAGCUAGAAUGGUCGUGGGGAGAGGAAGGCGAGAAACGUAGAAUGGGCGUGGAG